GAAAGCGGGGGCGCGCGCGCGUGCGCGGCCGUGGACCCGGAAGGAAGAGAAAGCGGCGCGGUCCCGUCACCGUGACAGUCUGUCAUUCCCGGAGUGACACCGCCGCCAUGAGCGUCUCCGGCCCGGCCAGGGGCACCGGGAGGGACGGCAUGUCCGUACUGGCCCCUGCGGCAAUGCCUCCCGGGGUUGGCAUGGUGGCCGGGCCUGCAGCGGUAUCCCGGUCCCUGCACGUAGAGCUGCACUCCCAGCAGAGACGCCUCCGUCACUUGCGGAAUAUCGCGGCACGAAACAUCGUCAGCAAGAAUGGGUACCGCCUGCUGGAUACGUACUUUACUCUUCACUUGUGUGAUGGCUCCAAAAUUUGCAGAGAGUUCUACAAGAGUGAGGUGGUGAAGGACUCUUUGAAUCCCACGUGGAGGAGUCUGGAUUUUGGAUUAAUGCCGGACCGCCUAGAUACGUCUGUGUCCUGCUUCGUUGUUAGGAUAUGGGGUGGGAAAAAAGAUGUUUAUCGACUGCUAAUUGAGUGGAAAGUGAAUCUUGAUGGCCUUAAGUACUUGGGCCCGCAGAUUCAUGCGUGUAACCCAAAUGAAAUCAUUUUUGGGCUGAAUGAUGGAUAUUAUGGAGCCUCAUUUGAAAGUAAGAGUAAUACAGAGUCGUGUAGAAACAGCCACCUGCAGGUAGAGCAGAAUGCUGUGCGGAACUCCUACGGCGUGUUCUCACUGCUCAGGCUUCACCGGGCGCAGUGCGCUAUCAAGCAAACCCAAGUGACGGUCCAGAAAAUUGGGAAAGAGAUUGAGGAGAAACUGCGCUUGUCCUCUUCCAGCAAUGAGCUGAAGAAAGAGGGUGAGUGCUUACGCCUGAAAAUACUGGUGCUCCAAGACGAGCUGGAGAGACAGAAGAAAGCUUUGCGUCGGGAGAUGGAGCUGUUGCAUAAGGAGCACAAUGCGCUGAAUGUUAAACGUAAUAAGUUUAACAUGCAGCGCGAGAAGUUACAGAAAAAGAGCGAGUCACUGAAUGAGCUGAGAAAAGAGUGCACAGCAAAGAGGGAACUGUUCCUGAAGACUAACGCUCAGUUGACCAUUCGCUGUCGCCAGUUACUGUCUGAACUGUCUUAUAUUUACCCAGUGGACGCGCAUGACCAAAAGGAUUACUUUAUAUGUGGCGUGAAACUACCAAAUUCUGAGGAUUUUCAAGCGAAAGAUGAUGGCAGUGUGGCUGUUGCCCUGGGAUACACCGCUCACCUCGUCUCCAUGAUCUCCUUCUUUCUGCAAGUGCCGUUGCGCUAUCCCAUUCUCCACAAGGGCUCCAGGUCCGCGAUCAAAGAUAAUAUCAACGACAAACUGACGGAGAAGGAGCGAGAGUUUCCUUUGUACCCCAAAGGAGGGGAGAAGCUGCAAUUUGACUAUGGAGUCUACCUUCUCAACAAGAACAUUGCCCAGCUGAGAUACCAACACUCAUUGGGGACCCCGGAUUUACGGCAGACCCUCCCAAACCUCAAGUCGUUCAUGGAGUACGGGCUGAUGGUCAGAUGUGAUCGACAUCAGACUUCAAGUGCAAUCCCUGUCCCGAAGAGGCCGGCCAGCUCGGCGUUCGGCAGCCACGAUGUUGGCUUCUCCAGUCGGACUCCGACCCCAGAAAGGGAGCAGCGAAAACGCGCCAGUUCCGAGAAUGAAAAAGUGCAAUACAGAACCCCGCCUCCCAGCUACAAAGCCGCGCUCGCAGACCCCAUUGCAAUCCUGGUUCCGGCGUCGCAGUUUGAAAAAGGGCAGUCCGCCUCCUCGCUGGAGACCCACAUAGAUGCAUCCAAAGGAAACCCUUGCCAAGAUCUUUGCGAGAGCCUUAACGGCGAUAGCCUAGCGACCACGGAUAGCCACGAACGCAGCCAGGCCGAGCAACUUUCUGACUCUUCCCGCGCCGUGAAUGGAACUUUAUUGCAGAAUGAAAGUAUGGAGUUUACAAGUGAAGGGCUCCCCUGCAAUCUGCACUGCGCGGUGGAGCAGGCAGAGGAGAUUCUGGGCACCGAGGCCUCGGACCUCACCACCUCAGGGGAUCAGCUGGAGGCUUUCAACAACAUUCCGGUGGAGCACGCCGUAGCUGUGGAGUGUGACGACCAAGUCUUGGGAGAGUUCGAGGAAUUCUCCCGCAGAAUCUACGCACUGAAUGAAAACAUGUCCAGUUUCUGUAGGCCUAGAAAAAGCUCUGACAAAUGACCUAGGACCAGAUUUGGUAGAUGGUCCUCACCGACCAUCAAUAGGACAAUUUGUCUUUUGCACAUUAUUGCAUUUGUAUCCGGCACAGAAAAACCACUCUCUUAAAUAUCAAUUAAUCCCGA